CAAGCCGACAGCCUCGCGUCAUUCGCAGGCUCCUUGCCAUGUAAAUAACAAAGGAGUUUUGAAAUUCUGGGUUUCUCGGUGAGAUGUGAUGAGUUUAAUCACUGAAUUCGAUUCAAGAGUGAUUAGACAAUUAGUUAGGGAAAUGGCACGUCUAGCUACUCUUUACGAUGUGUCUGGGGUUGUGAAUGACGUUCUCCCACCGAAUAAAGCUGUUAUCGGUUUUUUACACGAGGGCAAAUUGAACAGCGCUUUGUUGACCAAUUCACAGUUUUAUUAUGAAGGAAAACAUAUUCCAGCUAAUCGAGUUUUGAGUGAUUAUUUGCGAGCUGGGGUUACGGUAAAAUUUUCAUGUGAAACAUCUCAAGAGACGAAAAAGGAUACCCCGUGUCGCUGGGUCAUCACCACCUGUUGGUGUGUCGACAAGAAUCCCCUGAAUCGUGUCACAAUAACAAGAGGGGUUGACGAUGUACUUGGAAAAGUGAAGAAACUGGGAGGACGUCAUGGGAUAAUAUCAGUGUUUGAUGGCACCAAGUACACGCAUGAUAUUUUGUUCCUCGCCAGCAGAUUCUACGUCGAUGGGAAGAGGUUUCCAGCGGGGAAGACACUCACUGCUGGGCUCCACGAGGGUGAAUCUGUCUUUGUUGACGCUAUUCCUUGCAUUCCUGAGGAGAAUGAUGAAUGUUGCAGUUGGUUUGCCACCUGCGUAUUCAAGGGCCGAAGACCCAAAAUUAUUCAUGAUAAUGGGCAUGAUAAUGGACAUAAGGUGCAUCGAGGGGAGAUUGGACAUCAGGUGGAGGAGACUGAUAGCUUUAGGAGUCAAUAUCUGGAGUUUGUUAAUCUGUAUGUGUACAACCCUCACACUGUGUACGUCACAGGUGCAGGAACUAUUCUCAGAAUAUUGGACGAAGAGUUUGGGAUUAUCAUAGGAGAGUUUAAGAAGAAUGUUUUUCAAACUGUCUUAUUUCAUCGUAAACAUUUCUUCAUGUUUGGAACUAAUCUUGUGCCUUAUGACAUUCGUGCAUUGCUUUAUGAAGAGGAUCGAGUGAAAUUUGUGGUUGUGGGAGCACCCCCUGGCUUCGCCACAGAAUGGAUAGCUGUUCAGGUUUCUAUCCAGAGAAAUUCUGACGCUUAAAAGUAUUACAACACCGAAUUCUGUCCACAGUGCCAAGUGUUUCAUCAAGUGUUCAUUAUUCUAAUAAUAUUUAUGUUCUCUAAAUAUUACAAACUUUAAGUGAGAUUAUUAUUACUGAACGACUGUUCAAGCCACUGGC